AUGUGGUCUCAUCGGAAACCGAAGGAGCGUUGCCGCGUAGGGAAGACUUUUGAAUUGUUCGGGGAAGUCCUUGGUUUACCGUCCUGCGACCUCGAUGAAACGGUGAGCCAGGGACAUCCUUGCACAAUUCAACAGUCUUCCCUACGCAGCAAUGCUCAUUCGGUUUCCGAUGAGAGCACAUCACAAAUUCUUUCCAAUCAACUUUCCCUUCGAAAUGGAGAUUUGGGCAUUGCAAGUCCCAUGUUGGUUUAUGUUGAGCCAGAUGUAUACCAAAUGAUCGUUCCUUCAGAUCCGCUCACAUGUUGUGAAGUGGAAUCUCUCGAAACCCUCGUCACUGUAGAUCUCGUUGGUGAUCCAAAGAUCCGUUUUUUACAAGCCUGGCGGCUUUGCAGUUUAUUGGCGGUAGUGUCAGUAGAAAUGCGCAAAUCACCUGCCGUGUAA